AUGGCAGGUUCUGCAUCUGGUACUGGUGCAUCGGUUCUAACGGACAUCCGGUCCAUGAUCGACCUAGCAAUCGGCACGCCGGAGAUGGGUGUGGUGGACUUCUGCAUGCUGCACACCGUGCUGCACUGUCUGGCGCAGCAGCUGAACGCCCUGGACAAGCCUGUGGAGUUGCUGGGCGGCGCCACGCCACAAGCCAUGCCCACCGGCAGGGAAAUUCAGACCGUUGCCAUCACCGAGUAUAUCGUCGAGACCGCCGUCGCCACUGCGCUAAAAAACCGCAGGGACUCCCCCGGAGCCCUGCGCAGCCCGCUACGGUGGAGGCAGCAAGCGCGCAUAGCGCCUGGCUCUGCCCCCAGCCCGUCGUCGGCGGAGUGGAUGCGCGUUAGGGUCGUUCUCACGCGCACGCUCCGCUGCGACAUAAUUUCGUCGGUGAAGGAGGCCAUCGCCUUCCAUGCCUCCUCGCUGUCUAGCAUGGACUUAAUGGCUCGCCAACGAAAGGUCUGCUCCUACUGUUGUUUGAAGGAUGGUCCGCUGGGGCCCCCAUGCAGGGCAUUCUUCGAGAGUAUGACGCGCCGUGUCUACCGGUGCGCCACACUCAUGGCACAUGGGGGAUUCCUCCCUCUCUAUGCGGCGCAGGCAGGACUGGGCCCCGUUAUAGCCAGUCGAACCCUACAUUCCAUAACGUGGGCCCCAGGACAGAACCCUGAGGGACCCCCAGUUCAACUGGUCGCCGAUGAAGCUGACAAUUUCCGUCUUCCCACGUUACGUAACGAUCUUCCAGAUAGUUGUUCAACAGUCGCUGCAGAUAGGACCGCGUUGGACCCCACCCGCCUUGACCAGGUUGAGAGCGCAGCCCCCAAUCCUGGCUACAACCGCUGUGGCACUUUCGCUUGUAGCAGAAUCGUCCAGAUCCAUUAUACGCACGGUGGCGCACUUGGUGACACUCGCACUGGCGCCGCAACAAACUGCACCUUCGGGGCGCUCGUCUCCGUCGGGCCCUCGGAAUCAUCCAUUUCAGCGUCCGAUUCUCGGGGGGAGAAGAAUUCUCCCCCACUGGGCAAGUCAUUGCUGUCCACCUUUGUGGGGGAGAAGAACUCCUCCCUCCCAGCACCCCUUACCUCUUCGAGUCCCACCGGGCUGAAGGCGAUGCCCGAUCGACCAGCAGCGCCGCCCGCCGGCCGGAAAACCAGAAGCAAAGCUACUUCGGAAGGUCAAGAGGAAGGUCUGCUUGAAGAAGAUGGAGGGCAUGAAGAAGUUGUGAAUGGGGUAGAAGGCAGGCAAAGGCAGGGCAGAGAGCCCCGGCGAAUGACGUCAUCGGAGAAACUGUCUUUGGUAACAUUGAGCAAGUUCAACCUGCUGGAGAACGUUGUUCAAGACCUCAAGGAUCGCGUUUAUGGUAGUAUGCCAAAGAACGAGCAGAUAUUAGAGGAAGUCAGAUCUCAAACAAACAUGAAGGCAAUUACUGACAUGUGGACCAAUUUGAACGUGUCGUCCCGACUGGAAGCUGCCGAGACGGGGCUCGCCAAGCUCAGCUCCCUGGUUGAAGACCUGAUAAAGGAAGGCGGCCCGAGACCAGGAGCAAUAAGUGCGGCGUUAGAGACGGCGCUAGAGACGUCGCCAGCGACGGGGCCAGCGACGGCUACAGCAUCGCCCACGACGCUCGCUACCCCGCUAACUGAACAAUUGCAAGAUGGACAAAUUGGGUCAUCGGGGCCUCCUUACCCAUGGGAUACCCUGGCCGCUGAGACGGCCCAAAACAGGGACAUGAUGCUGCACCAAUUGAAUCGCCUGCGCGCCGACAUUGACCUCCUAAACAAAACCUUCUAUGAGGCCAUGCAAAGCCUCCAGAGCAAAUUAGAUCUAAAGGAACAAAUCCCACUGCCGCCACCGCCUCAGCCUGCCCCAAUAGAAGAGCUUCUUCCCCCGCGUCCUUUGCCCGCGCCAUUAUCAUCACCAGAACGACCACCAACCACCACGGAUGCCCACAGUGCGCCAGCGUCGCGUGGGUCGACGGGAAUAUCCGCGGCCCUCACAGACCGGCUGGCGCAGCUCGAGCGUCGCAUCAAGGAGUGCUGCGAGAGCAUGGGCAAGGACAAGGGAACCGUCCAGGAUCAGUUGAGUAAUUUCCAAGACCAACUUGAUCACCUUAUGCGUCAAGUUGGAGCUCUCCAUGAAGACUUCGGCGUACUCAAGCUGUCACCUAAUUUGGCUAAAGAUUUGGAAGGUCUGUUGGAGCUGUACCAGACCGUGCAGGACAUGCAGGAGCAGUUACACCAGGUCAACGAGGUGGCGCGCCAGCUGGCCGGCGAGAAGGAUGACCGACAUCAACAUAUUAAAGCACUUCUGGAACAAAUUGAAAUCCUUAAAACAAUCAAAAUGGACCGAGAAGACAUGGCGGAAGCGAUGGCUGAGAAAGCGGACCUGCGCAUGUUGGCGCGGAAGGUUUCUCACGACCAGUUUGACAUGGCUUGUGACGACCUCUCCAGAGGACUGGAACACGCCCUCGGAAAGCUUAACACACAGGAAGCACUGUGGCAGCAGGUGUUGGACGACGUGCAGCGCGAGAUAGAGAGCAAGCUGGACAAAAUGGAGCUAUCCCCACUAAAGGAAUUCUUCGAAACCAAGUUGCGGUUAUUGCAAGACAACCUGAAGCAAAUGGCGUCGCUACGUCGAAAUGUCGAGGCAGCGGGCACCAAGAGGCGAUUGCUAAGAGAGGUGAACUGCAUAUCCUGCGACGCGGAUGCCGUGAUGCCAUUAGAGAACACCUCUGCGGUACCAAGCAAGCCUUUGCCUGCCCAUCUAUCUAUGAAGCCGUACCUCAGCUACGAACUAGAUACCAUUCGCAAGACACAGGCAAGCAACCUACCGCAGCGUAACCUGCACGACUGGGAGACCAUAGAAAAGCAAAAGGCUCCCAAAGCACCCGUAAAAGUUAGAUCGGAUACGGACAAGCACAUUUGCAACCGUUACUGCGGCGGGUCGCACACUACGACCACUCCGGCGCAGCGCGUGGCGCGCACCGGCCACUUCAUCAAGCAGUGGGGGCCGGACGUGGUGCCGCUCUCGAGCGGCCUGGCAGCCGGCGACGACGGCAGGUUGUACAAAGUUACCACCACGGAGCACGCUAACGUUGGUCCAGGUGGAUCAGUGGACCCGAAUUGCACGAAAAAGCCGAAGUCGCCGGAACCUUCCAAGACGCUGCCGAAAGCGCCAGUCAUAAUUCUAAACAAGGAAUGCCGUUGCCUGGACGGGGGCGCUUAACCUCUUAU